GACAUUUCUUGAGGGCGCGGUGGGUAUCGGGAAGACAAAGGGCGACCAAGAACCUCUUUGCGUUUGUUGCUCGACAGCAAAUCUUCAAGAACAGAUUCAAGUAAACGAUGGUUGUUCCAGCUAUUCGGACUCCGCUGUCUUCUGCGCUGGUGGUGUCCCAACGCCAGGCAGCAUGUAUAGGGAUUGGGGCCGUCGGUGCUUCGUCACCUGCCCUUGUUCAGCAAUCCCGCUCCUUCACUCAAACGCCCCCGUCCGAGUCUAUCUCUCAGAUUGUUGCCCAAAUGCGCGCAAAAGGUGGACCUACCUCUUUCAACGAUGCGGACGUCAAGAAGCACCUACAGCCUGUCAACCCCUAUAAUCUUCCAAAGGUUGCCAAUAAUGCCGCUGAGUGGGCGCUUACGACCAUUGACGGAUUAAUCAACUGGACUCGUACUUCUUCCAUUUGGCCCAUGACCUUUGGUUUGGCGUGUUGCGCUGUCGAGAUGAUGCACAUGGCUGCGGCUCGGUAUGACCAGGAUCGAAUUGGUAUUGUCUUUCGUGCUUCUCCUCGUCAAUCAGAUGUGAUGAUUGUGGCUGGGACUCUGACGAACAAGAUGGCCCCCGCGCUCCGAAAGGUUUACGAUCAAAUGCCCGAGCCUCGCUGGGUUAUCUCUAUGGGCAGUUGCGCCAACGGAGGUGGAUACUAUCACUACAGUUACGCAGUGGUCAGGGGUUGCGAUCGUAUUGUGCCGGUGGAUGUGUAUGUACCGGGUUGCCCGCCCACGGCUGAAGGAUUAUUGUACGGUGUUCUCCAGUUGCAGAAAAAGAUGCGGAGGGAGCGUGUGACCAGAAUGUGGUACAGGAAAUAAGCAAGACAUAUAUUUGAAGCAAUACAACACGAGCGGACUUUGAUUACACAUUUAUAGGAUACUAGCUUGUACCCGUACCAAAUCCGCUGAAUUUAUGUAAAUGAAAAACAUUGAUCAUACCCAAACAAUGCGUCUCGUUCUCGGAUAACAAACAGAGGAUUCUAUUGUUCAAGGGUGACCGUACACUUCCGUAUCAGCCAGGAAUAUAUAUUAUUUUUAAUCUCGCGA